AUGCCUCGGACCUUUGGAGGUGACAGAGUCCCACCUCUAACUGACAAACCAGGGACUCCUAAGAUACGACUUGGCAAACAAAUGGUAAUGAGAUGGGGCGCUAUUAAUAUCAAUGGGGGCUACUCUGGGAAAAAGGUAGAGCUGGCAGAGGCUGCAAGUAAGAUGGGGCUGGACGUUUUAGCUGUUAGUGACAUUCGGGUAAGGGGUGAGAAAGAAGAGGAAGUGGGAGAAUACAAGGUCUACCUGUCAGGAGUCAAAGCAGGAAUAGCACAAUGGGGUGUAGAGCUUUACAUCAGGAAAGAAAUGGAACCCAGCGUAGUUGCAAUAAGGUAUGUAAACGAACGACUGAUGUGGAUAGAUUUGACAGUGUCUAGCAAGAAAAUUAGGAUUGUGUCAGUAUAUUCGCAUUGUGAAGGGACAGAUCAAGAUAAGAUGGAUAGUUUUUAUGAGGCACUCAGUGAUGUAGUUGUUAGAGUUAAGGACAAGGACAGUGUUCUGCUCAUGGGUGAUUUUAACGCCAGGAUUGGAAAUCGAACAGAAGGGUAUGAAAAGGUUAUGGGUAAAUUUGGAGAGGAUAUGGAGGCCAACAGGAACGGGAAACAACUCUUGGAUUUCUGUGCCAGUAUGGGCUUAGUAAUCACAAACUCCUUUUUUAAACAUAAGAACAUUCACCAGUAUACUUGGGAAGGCAGGGGAACCAGAUCUGUCAUUGACUAUAUAAUAACAGAUCAGGAAUUCAGGAAGGCUGUGAGGGACACACGUGUAUUCAGGGGAUUCUUUGAUGACACUGAUCAUUAUUUAAUCUGCAGUGAAAUUGGGAUUGUGAGGCCGAAAAUGCAGGAGGAAAAUGGAAUUAAAGAAGUCAAAAAAGAUUUAACAAAGAAGUUUCAGACAGAUUUAAAGGCAAGGAUAGAAGCAAUACAAUUUUUAUUCACUCCAAAUGAAAAAGCUAGAUUAGUAAAGAUGAAUCCAAGAACACCAGAAGCAAGAGCGCAAAUAAAAUUGCACAAGGAGAAUAAACCAAUGCGUGUUAUUUGCAAUGGGAAGGAAGCCGUUAAUGAGCUCUUGAAUAAAGCUUUGUACCAUCAGCCAAUUGUGACUGAAUAA